GUUCCUCUAGACCAGGACUUUAUAGCGGCCAGUGUUGAUUCGUAUCUUCGUCGAGAGCCUGCCCUGCACGCCAUCUUUGACGCCCUGGCUUCGAAGGAACAUAUCCAAUGCGACCCAUCCGGGAGAGACGGUAAUGGAAACAUCCAAGAACCCGCAACAAUUACGCAUCUGAAGGAGCACUCCUGGAAUCGUUUUUACCAGCUAGAGCUACUGCUUCACCCCGAGCAGCAGAAGCAGAAGCGCCCGAUUCGCUGUGCUAGUCGCCGUUUUCGCAAUGUGAUCUCGAGCAACCCGCCACCGCAGAUGGGUUUCGCGACGCAGCUGCUGUCCUACGUCGAGCCUGAUGUGGUCCGUAGAACCACCCCGGACAGCACCUCCAUGGAGACGAACAAUGUUGGAAGAGCAAAUAACGCUGGAGACGCGGCUGCCCCCCCGCUCUUGGAUGACAGCUUUCGGCAUUUUCUGCAUCUCUUGGAAAAGGCGCUGGUGCGCGAUGAAUUGCGAGACUCUUCCGGCGUUUUUCCGCGCGAUGACGGGAGCAAUUCGUUCGGAACCGUGGUAGAACUCCAGCUCCUGGGCGAAAGAUCGGUGUGGUGCAGCACGUUCCGCGUUCAGACCGGGGGCGUGCCGCUUUCCGA